CGGGGAGUUAGGCAGAGGCAGGGCGGAGUAGCCAGGCGGCUGGAGGGGCAGUCUGCGGACCGGCUGCUGCCGGAGAGGAGGCGGCGGAGGCUGCACCGGGGGCUGAGGGAGGAGAGCGAGAAAAGCCCCUCGCGUCCCCGCGCCACCUUUCAUCUCAGGGCGGCUGCGGCGGCAGCCUCGACUUCCUGUGUCCGCUGUGGGCUGGGCGGGCCCCCCACCGCCGGCGAGGAUGAUGAUGAUGUCUCUGAACAGCAAGCAGCCCUUCAGCAUGCCCCACGGCAGCGGCAGCCUGCACGAGCCCAAGUACUCGGCGCUGCACACCGCCUCCCCCUGCACCUCCGCCGCCGCCGCCCCCUCGGCCAGCUCCCCCAGCAGCACCAGCAGCGGGGCCGGCAGGAACAGCACCAGCACCAGUACCAGCUCGGAGGCGAUGAGGCGAGCCUGCCUCCCAACUCCCCCGAGCAAUAUAUUCGGCGGUCUGGAUGAGAGUUUGCUGGCCCGCGCUGAAGCCCUGGCGGCGGUGGAUAUAGUUUCCCAGACCAAGAGCCACCAUCAUCACCCGCCUCAUCACAGCCCCUUCAAGCCGGACGCUACUUACCACACCAUGAACACCAUCCCUUGCACCUCUGCUGCCUCCUCCUCGUCGGUGCCCAUUUCCCACCCGUCAGCCCUGUCCGGCACUCACCACCACCACCACCACCAUCACCACCACCACCACCAGCCUCACCAGGCUUUGGAAGGGGAGCUUUUAGACCACAUCACUCCAGGGCUGGCGCUGGGGGCCAUGACCGGACCCGACGGCUCGGUGGUCUCCACGCCAGCCCAUGCGCCUCACAUGGCCAGUAUGAACCCUAUGCACCAGGCGGCUCUAAGCAUGGCCCAUGCCCACGGACUGCCUUCUCACAUGGGAUGCAUGAGCGACGUGGACGCAGAUCCCCGGGAUUUAGAAGCGUUUGCGGAGAGGUUCAAGCAGAGGAGGAUCAAGCUCGGAGUGACCCAGGCAGAUGUGGGAUCUGCCCUGGCCAACUUGAAGAUCCCAGGGGUAGGCUCACUGAGCCAAAGCACCAUCUGCAGGUUUGAGUCCCUUACCUUGUCCCACAAUAACAUGAUCGCCCUCAAACCCAUCUUGCAAGCCUGGCUAGAAGAAGCAGAGAAAUCUCACCGGGAGAAGCUCACCAAACCAGAGCUCUUCAACGGAGCAGAGAAGAAAAGGAAGCGCACCUCUAUCGCUGCACCUGAGAAGAGGUCCUUGGAAGCCUAUUUUGCCAUCCAGCCACGUCCUUCCUCGGAAAAAAUAGCGGCCAUCGCAGAGAAACUAGACCUCAAGAAGAACGUGGUCCGGGUCUGGUUCUGUAAUCAGAGACAGAAACAGAAACGAAUGAAAUAUUCCGCUGGGAUUUAAAGUCUGUGGGAGCUUUUAAAAAAAAAUCGGCAACAAGACAUACUUUAAUAUUUCUCUAUAGUAAGAUAGAGAGACAAACACAGAGAGACAGACAGAAAGACCGACAGAGAAAGAGAAAUACACAGAGACUGUCAAACAGGAAGUAAAUUGUCAAGUUUAGGAAAGUUCCCCUUGGAGAGAACCGCUGCUUGUUCAGAAUGAUAGUAUAAAACAGAGACUAACUUUUUGAAGGCAGAUAAGAAAUUCUUUUUUAAAGGACCGAAGACGUAUCAAGUAAGAUUUGUUUUUAUUAUUAAAGACAUCACCCGUGUUCAAAUUUAAAGUACACUUUGCAACUAUUUUUCAGAAAAUAAAUUGUCUCGAAACUGAAACUUUAAUCUAGAGUUGAGGCUUAUACCGCGAGAGAGACAUUUCAAAAGUAUUUUGAUUUAAAAAAAAAGAUGGCAGGUUUUUCUGCAUUUACACUGCGUAUUAUAAAUAUAUAUAUAUAUAUUUUUACUGUGGUUAUUAUCCUUCCCUUCGCUGAAGUUAUUAUGCGUAGGAAAAGAAUUGAUCCUGCUGUGUUCACUGAUCUUUAAAAGCUAUUAUUAGAUUACUGCCAAACAACCCCUUGUAAAUUAUUAAUUUUAUCUCUCCAGCAACUUCAUUCUGUGCUCAUUCUAAUUAAUUACACCUCUUUAAUCUAAGUCUUGAUAAAAGUAAAAAAAAAGGUAUGGAUAGCGAAAAUCAAAUACUUUGUGUUGGUAGAAUUUAUUAUCUUAAGCUUUUUCCUUCUUAUAAAAAUAUCCCUUUUGGCCAUCUGUAAAUUGUCACCUGAAACUAAAAUAUUUCUCUGGCCAGUAUUCUUAUUUAUAAGGCGUUGGCACUCUAUAAUAGAUGUCCUACGUUAUCUGUGUAGAUUGAUUCACUGUCCGUGGUAUUUGUUUACUGCGUUACAUAUUUAAUGGGGAUUCCCAUAUUGUCCCCACCACACACUUCUAAAGCGAGAAAAGAAGUGGCUGAAUAGGUGACAGUGUGGCGUUUUGUUGUUUCAGGGUUUGUUUUCAUCACAAUAUUUGUCCUUCUAGAUUUCUAAGCUAUAUCACAACUGUGUUCAGACCUGAUAGUUUUUUGUUUCCUUUAAUUGCAAUACUUUUACAUUGAGGGGAAUCGUUUUUGGAGGUUUGUUUGUAGAAAAGCCAAAUUUAAUUUAGAGAGAAAGAGAGUGAGAGAGAGAGCGCACUCUUGUAAAUUCACAUUAUUUGGUACAAUUCUUUUGAGGAAAAAUGAAAGGUACUUGAACUGUGGUACCUAUAUGUAUUGUAAAUAUUUCAUUCGAAUUGACGCACAUAUAGAUAUAUUCUUACAGAUUUCGCUGUAUUGCUGUUCUAUUUGAGACUAUUUGAAGUCUUAAGUUCUGUAUAUGAUACAAUUUUCUUGUUUUUGUUAAUAGAAGGUUUAUUUAUUACAGUAAUGUAUUAAGUUAUUUAAAAUGUUGUUGAAUUGUCUUUCA